AUGUCUUCUUCCAACGCCAGCCAGCAGAGAGAUAGAAUAUCUACACAGCAAUACCAAUGUGAUCAAUGUGUCUUGUUUUUUGAUAACUACCAGAAGCUGCAAGACCACAAGAGAAUUCACAGAGAAGAUUCAGCAACAAUGACUGAAAUUGACCAGUCUAUUCUAGAUGAUGUUGACAUGUACUAUGACGAAAAUAAUACUAGUAAUGAAAAUGAAUCUGUUAGCAAUUCAGAAUAUACUAUAGAGUCUAUGAAGCUUGAUAAUACUAUUUCAUAUAAGUGCGCAUGUAAUUUUGAGAACAGUGAGGAACCUGGGGCUAAGAUCAGUCAUGGCAAAACUGUUGAUGCUUUGCUCAAGUCAAAGUCAAGUGUCAAGGGCCAUGAGUAUGAUGCCUGCUCUAGUGGUUGUCGAUUGUAUGACAUUAAUGACGACCAGGAAUCUUGUGUUGACUGUGGCAAACCGCAAUACAAGACUGAUCCUGAUCAAAGUCAGACACCAGCCACCAGUAUGAAACUUAUGUCAGUUGGGGAUAUGCUUUCUCAAAUGUUGGCAGAUCCAGCCACAAGAGAACUCCUCUGUUACAGAGCAAACCAGGAAUCUGUGGCUGGUCAGCUAACCGACAUUUUUGAUAGUGACAAUUACAAGCAGUUGGUGCAGCAGGGCCUGUUCUCCAAUCCCAAUGAUAUUGCCAUUAGGCUUUAUACCAAUGGGUUUGUCAAUCAAAAGAAAGGCAAAAACUCAUAUACCAUCAUCUAUUGCAUAAUAUUUAACCUAGACCCAUCCAUCAGAUAA